AAUUAAGAGAAAAUUAAAGUAGAAACAAAAAAUCUAGAAAAUUUUUGUGUGACUCUGCAUACUUUGGUGGUGGUGUUGUUUUUGUUGUUGUACUGCUUUGGUGGUGUUGUUUUGCUUCGCUGUUGAGUGUUGAGAUCAAAAUCUCUCUUUCUUUCCAUUCAUGAGCCAAAGGCGAUUGAUGGGCAUCUCUCAACCAUCGUUCUCACAUUCUAUACCACAAGUUUUGAUCAAGAUAUUUUACAUUUCUCGUCUCUAAUUUCACAAUCAGGUUUCCGUAAUAAUUCAUUACAGUACUAUUUUAGUCUCACUCUAACUCUGCUCCUCCACGCGAUGUAGCUUUUUUCGCUUUGAUUAUGGCUUUUAAGCAAACGAGGUUGAGAGUGCCACAUGGGAUUGGACCGACCAAGGAGAAUCGAAGAAUUCGCAGUUGUAGUAGUAGUAGAAGAAGAAGAGGAAGAAGAGGAAGGAAGAGGAUGGAAUCGCAGUUGAAUUUCAAUAUAGAAAAUUCGUUCGAUAGUUGCUACUCGUAUUGUGCACGCCAAGCGCUCGACGAAUUGCCUCACAGCUUCACAAUCACUGACCCGUCCAUCUCUGGCCACCCUAUUGUGUUUGCGAGCAAAGGGUUCUUGAAGGUGUUCGGGUAUACGAAAGAUGAGGUGGUUGGAAAGAACGGCAGGGUUUUUCAAGGUCCAAAAACUGACCGGAAGUCGGUUAUGGAAAUACGCGAGGCCAUUCGUGAAGAGCGGUCUAUGCAGAUUAAUUUGUUGAAUUAUCGCAAGGAUGGGACACCCUUUUGGAUGUUGUUUCAUUUGAGCCCGGUUUUUAGUAAACAGGAUGGGAGGGUCAUCCAUUUUGUGGGAGUUCAGGUGCCCAUUUCGCCUCCGCGGCGGCCGAGGUGGUUGGCAAGUGGGGUUGUGAGGAAUGGGGCGAAUAUGUGUGAGGAGGUGGAUAGGGUGUGUGGUAAUACUAAUAUCAUGUUUGGAUCAUGUAGGAGGGAAGUGUGCUCGGAUACUCCGGUGGAAUUGAGUCGUGUUUUGGCUUUGGAGUCGGUGUUGGAUGAUAGUAGUAGAGGAUUAGGUAUUGAAGAAACAUGUGAGGCUAGUAAACUAGAGAGGCAAAAGGCUGAAGAUGCCAUUAACAAAAUAUUCUCUGUGCUAACCCGCCAUAGCGAGUUAACAGGCAGAUUUGUUUGUGCAGAGAGACACAGCUUACCUGGGGCAGGCAUUCUUAGUUCAUCCUUGAAUAUCUCUCUUGGUAGAAUCAAACAAAGCUUUGUAUUAACUGACCCACACCUUCCUGACAUGCCUAUAGUUUACGCAAGUGAUGCUUUCUUAAGAUUGACAGGAUAUGCUAGAAAUGAAGUAUUGGGGCACAAUUGUAGAUUUUUAAGUGGCGCGGAUACGGAUUUCUCAACUUUAUAUCAAAUAAAGGAAAGCAUACAAACUGAGCAGGCAUGCACAGUACGUAUCUUAAAUUACAGGAAAGACAAGAGUUCGUUUUGGAAUUAUCUCCAUAUGUCGCCUGUUCGUAAUGCUUCUGGAAAGGUAGCAUACUUUGUGGGUGUUCAGAUUGAAGAAGGCUGCAAGAACCAAGACAGAAAUGGUCUUUGCCCUGAGAUGAGGCAUUGUAGUGUCGUUGGCGCAGUUAAGGUUGCAGUAAGGAGCUUAUCUAUGGGUGCUGGCCCUUCUAGAUCAUAGAACAACCUCUGCAUUCUUUAUCUGUUGAUUGCUUGUGUUUUAAAUACUAUUUGUCACGCUAGUAGAACCUUGUUAGAUUCAUACUGUUUAUAUAUAAAAUGUUUCAAUAUAAGGUUGAAACUACGCAUUUGCAUGUUUCAGUUAAAUUGGGACUGACUAGAAUUGAUGAUCAGACAUAUCUGAUUUCGGAUUAA